GAUGAAAUCUUGCUAUUAGAGAGUUAGCCCAAUAAUAUUAUCAUUAUAUCCAUAGUGUUCUUCAAAUCUCUCUCUAAUGCCAGACUCAACUUCCUCUUCUUUCUCUCUCUUUAUUCUCUUCCUCCAUGGCCAAAAUUCUCAAGAAACCCUUUAAUGAUGAUCAAUAUUUAUCCAAUAACAAGAGGAGAACUUCCUCUUCCUCUUCCCCUUUUCUAUGUUGUUUUGGAUAUUCCCGGAAAGUACUUUCCGAGAAAAAUUCCCCUCAAGAAAAUAUCAACCAAUCCACUCUUGAUCAUAAUGAUAUAAUGAAGAAGAAGAAGAAGCUUUCUUGGUCAUCAAGGUUUCGCAAAAAGAAUCCAACUGGCAUAAAAACGGUGCCGGUGGACUACUCAGACAAAGAUACCAAACUUCAUUGGUCGAAACCCAAGUCAAAGUCAACAGAUCGUCCCGCCAAAAGCCGUACUCCACCGUCGACUGAGAUUGAAAUUGUAGUCCCGGCCGCACCCGAUCCAACCCCAAAGGAAAAACCUCAAGAGGUUUGUGGCGGCGCGCCUCCACGAAACAGCAACCUCAAAAGUCGGAAAGCCCCAGUUUCGGUUCCAUUGCAUUUUCCAAAGGAUGACACGUGUCAAAGACGGAUUUCAUUCGGUCGGAAAAUCGAAGCCAUACGAAACGGGUCAAGCCAACCCGGUUCGCCGUCAAACGGAAAAUCCAAACUCAGUCGAACUGCCACAGUCAUGACCCGGCAACACUCGGAUAUUUUGCCCCUACCGACCCGGGAAAGACCCCGAGUGGCGCCGACGAAACGAACCGGCGCGAGGGAGACUGAACCGGCUGCUGCCCAGCGGUUCGAACCGUUGGUAGGUAUGUCAAUUUUGAUGGUGACCUUAGUGAUCAUGAUAUUGUGGGGUCGGGUCUGCGCCAUUCUUUGUACGUCUGCAUGGUUUUAUUUCGUUCCUCGGCUGAGCACCGCCGUGGGAUCCGUCGGUGGCAUGGGAAACGGGUCGGGCUCCAAGAGUUUGGAUCUUGAUUCUCAAGAGUCGAAGAAGAAGGUGGUUUUUGAAGGGUUUCUUGAAAGAAAUUAUCACAGGUUUAGCUCGUAGUAGUUAUUUCUCAACUUUUUUAAAAAAUUAUUUUAACUUUUAUUAGUGUUUUGGUUUCGAAUUGAAAAAAAAAUUAAAUAAAGAAAAGAAAGAUAGGGGUGAGCAUGUUAGUGGUUGAGUGAGUUGUUUUUGUUAAUGUGAGCCGGGCGUGGAUGGCUUGAUCUGUAAAUUUGUGUAGAAACAUGGCUAAUCUUGUCAGAUAAAUGAAAAGUCUAAAUCUUCUAGAAGUUUUUUUUUCUGUAUUUUUACAUUUCGAAAAAACAAUACGACACAAAUAAUAUUUCAAGUUUCACGUUUC